GGCUCAGGUUUUUCGUUUCGUCACUGAUCUGCUGAAUGGCAACGCUCGGAGGCGUUGCUUAAUAGUCAUCAUCGCCACUUCCCUUUUGAAUAAAAAGGGUUUAUCCCGUGGGUCACAUACCGUGAAUCGAACAUGGAACUUCCCGUUCGUUCCUUCCCGUAUGUUCCAUAUUCCGCAACGCCUCCAUCUCCGAUAUUUUUUUUUCACGGUAUAUACCGAAAUCGAAAUUGUAUACAUAUAUAUACUGAAUUUAUGAAGAACUCAAAAGGGACACUAGCGCACCUGCCGCCCACGCGGCCGCCCCGCCCGGUGCGCCGACCAUUGCUGGUAUUCGCGUCGUCACGUCAGCGGUGGCCCUGGGCGUCCCAUUCACCAAUCCGCCAACAAUGCCCGCCUUGGACUGGAAGCAACGCACGGAGGAAGCGGCUCGGCGCCUGGAUAAGAUCAGCCACAUGCAGCUCUCCAUGUUCGGGCGCGCCUCCACUGCCACCGCGUAUGGUACCCACAUGGCCACGUAUCACAUGGAGCAUUCCGGCUUACCGCCUCCUGAGACGCUGGCCGCCUGGGAGGCGGCAGUGGCCAAGCUGGUUGACCGCAGCCAGGGCCCAUCUCAGCACGACCGGCGGCUCACCGGCGUCCCCGCCCGCCUCUUACCCGGUCACCCUGUGUCUGGGGGGUUUGGGAGUCUUCCCCUGCAGCAGCACAUUUAUGCACGUUGGGCCAAGCGCGCCGCCACCUAUGCGAGUGGAGACGGCACUACCCGCCCUGUUGCCGCCCAGGCACCGUGGCAGCGCGUAUUUGGGCAGCUGCUCCGCUCCUACCAUCCCUGCUUCCGCCCCAUGGCCCUGCUGACGGCUCGCACCAACGGCCCGUGGCUGGGCACCACCUCCCUGCCUCCCGGCCGAACAGUUCAGACAAAAUGGAACCUUCGAGACGGUGCCCCAUGCAUGACCGUACAGCAUGCAGUUCAUGCCCGCCUGGGCGCGCGCCGCCUUGAUGUCUAUGACAGUGACGAGUAGGAAGGUAGCCCGACGACGAAUGGCGGGUCAGGCGCAAAGGUCAGGUGGGUGUGGCGCAAAGGUCAGGUUUUUGGCGCCGGAGCUGACUCAGAUUAGGCGCUGGCAAGAAAGUCGAAAAUCUAGAUAAUGUCAAUGAUCUCGUCCCUGAGUGUGCUGCUUCCCGGUUGUGCGAACCGCAAGCGGGAGCGAAAGCGGCAGGGCGAGGGAGGGCCGAGGGCGCGGGGGAGGGGGAGGCCAGGGAUGGCGGAAAGGGCGGACAGGAGGACAGGCCCGAGCAUAUAGCUUGAUGUAACAGCAACAGCAAAUAAGGAAGCAAUACUUCAUACAUAAUGAGGGCAAAGAUGAGGAACCCCAGCAAGCGGGGGGAGAGAGUGUGGGAACUGUACGGUACUUGGGAGGCGGGCAUGAUUGGGUGACGCGGUGAAUGGCAAGUAAGAAAGGGCAGGAAAGGAAACGGGCUUAGCCCCCGAACAUAGU